CUCUGUGCCCCCAGCUGACACUGCAGCACGUGGAGCUGAGCGGCCUGCGGGGGGAGCUGGCGAGCCAGCGCCGUCUCUUCCAGGAGAGCGACCGGGACGAGGCCCUCAGGCUGGCUGUGGCCGACCGGGACGAGGCCCUAGUGAAGAAGGGCCAGAUGGAGCUGGAGCUGGCUCAAGUCUCUCUGGAGCGGGACUCCAUGAGCCCACAGCUGCUCUCCGCCAUCCGCCAGAAGAUGGCGCUGUCCCAGGAGCUGGAGGGCUGGCAGGAUGACAUGGAUUUCAUUAUCAAGCAGCAGCUGAAGCUCCAGCGGCAGCGGGAAGAGAACCCGGCGUUUUCCCCAGCUCCCUCCAGGCCCCCGGCGCAGGCCAAGUCCUCGCCUUUCUUUAGACGGGGGACCAGCGCACCCAAUGGCACCAGCUUCCUGUCGUUCUUCAGGAAAAGCUGAGAUGCCGGAGGCUGGUUGUAGAGGCUCUAGGGGGUGGGAGGCGGAGGGGUCAGGGUGGAGUGAUCGGUCACAAGACGCCAGCACCACACAAAGGAAGCUGAACUGGCCGGUUACGGAGGAGUCUUUGGGUAACGAGCUGCCACCCGGAUGUGCUAGGCCACUCGCUGGGCUGUUCUAGACCAGUGGUUCUUAACUGCAGCCUGCACCCCUUUGGGUCUCGAAAUCAGGGAGGUUAGGUCCAUAAAAGGCUAUUAGCCAGGGGAUAAAAUGGUGUCCCUGGCCUCUGUCUGUCAGAGGCUGGAGAGGGAUGGCAGGAGACAAAUCGCUUGAUCAUUGUCUUUGGUCCACCCCCUCUGGGGCACCUGGUGCUGGCCACUGUCGGCAGACAGGAUACUGGGCUAGAUGGACCUUUGGUCUGACCCAGUCCGGCCAUUCUUAAAAUAUUAAAUAUCGUUGAAGUAGGUCAGUUUUAAACCUAAGAGAUACCUUAAAAAUCUGGUGCGUCUUGCACCCCCAGAAAGGGCAUCUUGCACCCCCUAGGGGUGCGUGCACCCCAGGUUAAGAACCACUGGCCUAGACCAUUCACUGGAUGUUCUAGGUCCCUCAACUGGAAGAUCUGUAGCUAUUGCAGGCUUCCUAAACCUUCCCCUCUUGUUUGCCCAAGCUGAUGUAGGCGGGCCGACAGGGCCGUUCUAGGCAUUCAGCCUCCUAUGUUGAAUGCUGCAUGAGGACCAAGCAAAGGUUUGGCAUUUGGCUGAUCUAAAUUGUCCAGUUCUAUCUGACUGGGUAAUCUGUGGUAGCUGCCCACAGGUGCUAGGUUCUCCUACUGCAGCGCCUGUGGCUAACCCAAUUGACUGGAUGAGGGUUCUAGACCACUAAGUGAUCUGUCCUGGCCACUUUAUACAUCCGGACAUGCUGUAGCGACCAACCCAGAGCUCUACUACCUUGCUGCAUGAUCUAGGUUGGAUAGUUUGCCCCAGCUGGGUGUGGACUGAGCUGGGGUUCUAGGUUACCCUACGGGGUGUUGUAUCAUGCAAGCAAGGUAGUAACAAACUUCAACUGGCCUUUAUUUAACAAAGGUGAAAGCUCUUAACAGCCAGGCCCUAAGCCACAAAAUGUUCCUGCGGCUGCGUGGGAGCCGGGGAGAGUUCUCGCUUUGGCCAAUGACGGACCAGGAUCCACAGACCCGCUCUUUGGUGCUCGCGGUCCCAGGACCCCUUCAGGUGGGCAUGUUGCUGGCAAAGCUUCUGGCCCAUCUGGGCUUCCCAGCCAGUUUGGUGUCAGCCCGUUCUAGACCAAUCCGCUCUUCGCGCCCUUGCCAGGCGAGCGCUAGGUGCCAAGAUGCCCUGCCCGGCUGGGAACUCAGGGCUGACUCAUUGCAGAGCAAGGCCUUUCUACCAGCACCUGCUCCAGCGCUGGUGGGGGGGUUCUAGGUGCCUCAACACAAGUCCCACGAGGCAGCUGGCCAGGACAUUGGCGAUGAGAGGCCCUGGAGGACCCGGAGCCAGCACCUUCCAUGCGACUAGCACUUUAAUAAACACUGAUUAGCCCCCUCAGCCCUGCACACUGGGCUCACCGCACUAUCCCCACUUCACGGGGGGAAACUGAGGCACAGUGACUGGCCCAAAGUCACACAGAGGCAGAGAAGGGAAACCAGGAGUCUGGAUGCCUCGCCCCCCUCUAAUCCACUAGCCCCCCCUUCCCUUCCCCUCUGUGAAGCACCCUCUGUGCCAGGGCACGGGUAUUUCCAAGGCAGAAAGCAGAAUUUCCGCAGUUUCGGGUUUGCAGCAGCAGCUGGAGACAGACAAUUUCCCUGCCCUGGGCCGGGCCCCGGGCCCCGGGCCCAGCUGUGAUUAGCCAUGACGCAGGCUGCCAGGCGCAAGAGGGCGCGCGCUCGCCGGGGACCCGGGACUUGGUAGUCUGUUGCCAGGUGCAAUGUCAUGUGUACAGAGCAAGUACAGAGAGAUGGCUGCUC